CUGGAGGUGUCUUCCGCCGCCAUUGUGCGGCGCUGGUCCGGUCGGAGGGUGCUCGCUGCGGCCAGUGCCUUGGCCUCUCCGGGUCGCUUCUCGCCGUCGGGUUCCAGGAGCCCGGCGGGUCCGGGCUUCCCGUCCGUGCCGGUGCGGGCGCCGGCAUGUGGCUGUGGGAGGACCAGGGGGGCCUCCUGGGCCCCUUCUCCUUCCUGCUGCUGCUGCUGCUGCUGGUGACGCGCAGCCCCUUCAAUGCCUGCCUCCUCACCGGCAGCCUCUUCGUCCUGCUGCGCUUCUUCAGCUUUGAGCAGGUGCCGUCCGACAGGGCCCUGCAGGUGCUCAAGCCCCGGGACCGCAUCUCCGCCAUCGCCCACCGCGGCGGCAGCCACGACGCGCCCGAGAACACGCUGGCGGCCAUUCGGCAGGCAGCUAAGAAUGGAGCGACAGGUGUGGAGCUGGACAUUGAGUUCACCUCCGACGGGAUUCCUGUCCUGAUGCACGACAACACUGUGGAUCGGACGACAGAUGGAACUGGCCGAUUGUGUGAUUUGACGUUUGAACAAAUUAGGAAACUUAACCCUGCAGCCAACCAUAGACUUAGGAAUGAUUUCCCUAAUGAAAAGAUCCCUACCUUGAGGGAAGCMGUGGCCGAGUGCCUGCACUACAACCUCACAAUCUUCUUUGAUGUCAAAGGCCAUGCAAGUAUGGCCACUGAUGCUCUAAAGAAAAUAUAUAUGGAAUAUCCACAACUGUAUAAUAAUAGUAUGGUCUCCUCAUUCUUGCCAGAAGUUAUCUAUAAGAUGAGACAAACGGAUCAGAAUGUAAUAACAGCUUUAACUCACAGACCUUGGAGCCUGAGCCACACAGAGGAUGGGAAACCACGCUACAGUGGUGUCUUUAAGCAGUUCCUGUUUGUAGUAAUGGACAUUUUGCUCGAUUGGAGCAUGCAUAACAUCCUGUGGUACCUGUGUGGGAUUUCCGCUUUCCUCAUGCAGAAGGAUUUUGUAUCCCCGGACUAUUUGAGGAAGUGGUCAGCUAAAGGAAUCCAGGUUGUUGGUUGGACUGUCAAUACCUUUGAUGAAAAAAAUUACUACGAAUCCCACCUUGGUUCCAGCUACAUCACCGACAGCAUGUUGGAAGACUGUCCCCCGCAGGUCUAGACUUUUAUCCUGGGGAAACACAGGUUCAGAAACUGCCUGUCGGCCUCAUGCAGGGAGAUCCAAAAACCCUUUGUGCUAGCCCAAGCCCUGGGGGAUCAGGUGGCCAAGCAACAGGGCAAGCAAUAGUGGGUGAUUACAUAUUUACCUGAACAAAUUAAACCCUGGUGUUGCCAUGCUCCAUGGAAUGCCCAAGUUCAACACUGUCGCUCUUGAAAAUCUGGAUCUGAAAAAAGGCACAGCAGCCCCGCCCCGACCCAGCUGAGACCCACACCCAGACCCAGUGAGGAUAAGCACAAGACGAGUUGUGCGGUCGGGAUUCAGACGUAGUGCAUGGGACUUGCAUGAUCACUUGGAGUUGACAUUUUAAAACUUGCCACAUCUAAGUAAUUGACUUACUUGAAAUAUUUGUAUUCAGCUCUGUUAACAGUGUGCUCUAGAUGUCAAACUUGUGACCAUACUAAUAAAGUCAUUAAAAGGA